AUGAGUGUUGGUUUAUUAUUUAUGUUAGUUAGAGUUAUUUGUGUAUCAAUGAUUUUAUUUUAUGUGAUUAGAUAUGAGGUUAACGUUAUGUUUUUAUCGUUUAGCGGUAAAUAUUUUAAAUUGGGAGCUAAUAUAGAUUUUGUCUCCAUAUUUGCUAUUUUAAUGUUAUUGAUAUGUUUUACUUAUGUUUUAAGCUAUUCUAAGCAUUAUUUUGAUGGAGACAAAAUCUAUAUCGAUUUAAAUAAGAUUAUUUGUAUAUUUGUAGGAGUUAUGUCGUCAUUAAUAUUAACAGGUGAUUUUUUGUCUACAAGUUACUUAUCUUUGCGUUCUUCUAUUAUAACUCUAGUAUCAUCUCGUUUUGGGGAUGUUAGUCUAUUUAUGUUAAUUAUGAUUAGCAGGGGAUUUUUGAUUAAUAUACAUAUUCCAUUGAUAUUAAUAUUUUUAUUUAUUAUAUUGACAAAGAGAGCUAGAUUCCCAUUUAUUAGUUGGUUAUUAGAAGCAAUGCGUGCGCCAACUCCAAUUAGAUCUUUGGUGCAUUCGUCUACUUUAGUAGCUGCCGGGGUUUGGUUUUCUAUGCGUUAUGAUUUUUUACUUUACUUUGAUAACAUUUUGUUACUUAGAUUACUUUUGUUAUUAACUAUAUUUAUUUCUGGUUUGUUUUUUCUUUAUAGAUUUAAAGAAGAUAGUGGCUCUAUCAACUUCCAUGGUGUAUCAAAGUGUAUGUUAUUUAUGUUAGUUGGUGAUGUAAUGAGAGGUUCUAGAGGGUCCCAGUCUAGUAAAUGUGUUUAUAAAUGUUACUUAUAUGGCAAUUGGGGUUUAUCUGGUGCCCCAUUUAUUGGGGUAUUUUUUACAAAGCAUUUGUUAUUAACUAAUAUCAUGAAUGUAAAUAAAGAGAGUAAUGAAGUUGCUUCUAAUGGUAUAGUUGUAAGUACUAGCUUGAUUAUGUUUCAGAUUAUAUCUUGUUUUACAGCAUAUGUUAUGUAUAAAAGUAAUAUAUUAGUUAAUUGGAGAAGUAGUUUGUUUGGAUCAGAUUCUAUAGUAGAGUCUUUCUAUUAUACAUUUGCUAAUUGUAUUAAUAUUUGUUCAACUUUUUUUUAUCGUUGGGAUAAAUUUUCUUUAAAUCUUUUCAAAAAGAAUUGUGUUAGAAGGUUAAUAUAUAAAUAA